ACCUUUAGCCGGCCCCCUAUAAAGCCUUCUUCAACUGGCUUCUUUUUUGGUUCACUGCUUUUAACAUCAAAUUAAAACUGCAAGCUCCAGCAGCUCCCAAUACAGCCCACUUCUACCUCCUUUCUUACUCGAUUUAGAAAUCUUAUCCUUUUUUUCUGGGAAACUAAGAUUAGCAGCCAUGUCCAGUUUGAGAAAGUGCUCUGCAAGCCGUACUACUGCAACUACCCUUACUACUGCAUCCAGUGAUGAAGAAGCUGAGCUCAGAAGAGGUCCAUGGACUCUUGAAGAAGACACCCUUCUCAUCCAAUACAUCUCUUGCCAUGGCGAAGGCCGCUGGAACAUGCUUGCCAAGCGUUCUGGUUUGAGGAGAACCGGCAAGAGUUGCCGGCUGCGAUGGCUGAAUUACCUUAAACCCGACGUUAAGCGCGGCAAUCUCACCCCCCGGGAGCAGCUCUUGAUCCUCGAACUCCACUCCAAGUGGGGCAACAGAUGGUCCAAGAUUGCGCAGCAUUUGCCGGGGAGGACGGACAACGAGAUCAAGAACUACUGGAGAACACAGGUGCAGAAACAGGCGAGGCGGCUGAAGAUUGAUUCAAACAGCAAAGCCUUCCAGGAAGUGAUCCAGUGCCUCUGGAUGCCGAGGCUGCUCCAGAAGUUGCAAGCAUCAUCAUCAUCUCCUUCUCACACCUUUCAUCCGUCCCCGAACCAGCAGCAGCCUCCGACUCUGAUCAAACCGUUUCCCCCCAUUGAUCAAGCAACACCCAACGGCCUCGAUCAUCAUCCUCUCUGGAGCUUCCCCUUGGAACAAUGCACCAGCCCGCAGAUGAACGCCAUCUCUGAAACCAUAAUCCCUCAGAUUAACCCAGAGAGUCCGUUUCAAGCCAUGAGUAAGAGUGAUUGCUGUUACAAUCUCGACAGCAAUAUUGGGUUUGAUACAGAGAUGUUUAGCUCGGCAUCCAUGCCGGAUUUUGAAGACCCGAAUGUUGCCGGGUCGGAUUCGGCUCAGAACAACUGGUUUGGCAAUGGCAUGGUGGACAGCUUGUGGAACAUGGAUGAAUCGUGGCAGUUCAUGGAAUUCUAACAAUUCUAUGAUACUAAUUAAUUAGAUUUUUCGAUAGAUUUGCUUACAGUGAGUGAGGUACAUUUAUUCUAUAAUUUUUAGGAUUAGACAACAUUUGGGUUCCCCAAAUUAAUCAUUUUGCAGAAUGUGGACUGGAAAAUGACAAGUUGAUGCUUAAUUUAACUCUAAACUCGUGUUUAUGGGCUUAAUCUCUGGCAUUUUACAAAGUAUAUAUGAAUGAGCUUAAUUAUUUCAA